UGUUUAUCUAAGUUAACAUGUGUCCCUUAUACAGAUCCUUGCUAGCGGGCACUUGGGAUGCAUUUGUGAAACUAAAUAGUGAAAUUUGUUCUCAAAUGGAAGAUCCUGAACGACAUUUCGACUGGGAUCAUGGAUUUCCUGACAUAUCUCCUAUUUCUAACAACACAUCUUAUAGCUCAUUCAGAGUAAAUCAGUCUCUAGAUAAAAACCUAGGCAUGUAUACUUUGCCUGAAUUUCAUAACGAAGAUAAGGACGAAUUUUUUAUUUAUGGGACGUGUAUAUCAGUACGUGGAGAGCAGUCUGAAUCCCGACCUGACUAUAUUGAUGAAACGGUAAAUGAUUCUUCAGUUCUUCCAGAAUAUACAUCAAAUGUUGAGGAAAGUUAUAAGUCAAAAAUUAAUGAAUUGCACAAACAAAUAAGAAACUUAGAGGAGGAGGCUAGUCAAGUUCCUAUUCUGCAGGACAAUUUACGUUAUUUGUAUGAAGAAAACGUACGCCUUCAUGAGAAAGAUGAAAUUAAAGAGUCUCAUCGAUUUCAAAACGGUGAACACAUUGAUAGCACUGAUGAAGAAGUAGAAGAAAUCGUUGAAGAGGAAGUCCGAACAUAUAAAAAGGCUCCUAAAACUGACCCUGUUGCUAAUGACUUUCCGAGUCCAAAUCACAUUGGUAACUUGAAUAACGGGAUCGAUAAGAGCCAGUUUCCUUCAGAAUAUUGGUCUAAACUGGAGUCGUACUUCUACAAACGCUUUUUAUCGGAACGACCUUUUACUCAUAAAAUUGCCAUGCAGUCAUCGGAAGCUAAUAAACGCACCACAGCUACUAUGGCUUGUCCUGUCAAAUCGUCCGAAUUUAGAUGCGUUGGUAUCAAUGUUUGUCCAUCCAUUCAGGAAGUUGGAGUUCUCUGUUCACAACCAGAAACACGCGAAUUUGGCUGCCUUUUUUAUGAAACCGAGUCGAUGACUAAAGAAUGGUUGAAUCGAGUUUUCCCAAAAAUGGAAGACAAAAAUAAGAAGAUUGUACACAAAGUUAUACGAAGCUUUUAUGAAAGUCGUGAAGAAUUUGUUAGUACUUUGUUAUCAAUUAUUAAAAAGUCUGUUUGUCACGUGGGUAUUCAAUCUCAAAUAGUCAGCCAAUCUCGUGGUUGUUCGCCUAUCCUGAAGGAAAUAGAAAAAACGGUCUCGAACCCGAACUUAGUCGGUCAGUCCCUUCAGUCACAGGUCUCUGAGUUUGUCCAGGCCAUGCCUGUUUUAAACAGUCGGUGUACUAUGACAAAACGUCAUCUGGGUGUUAAUGCUGGAUGUCUAACAGAGUCUCCCGUCUUACGUAGUCAAGGUACCUCCCCAAAAAAGGAUUUACGAAGUUUUACUACAUGUGGUGUACAAUACGAAAGCAAUGUAGAAUUGGUUCAUAGGGCUUGUGAUCCAAUAUACCCUGAACUAAAACGUAUCGCAUCAUCAACACAAACACUUGAGUGCAGCAAAAUGGUCACUGACGUUCCUUUACAUAAAAAGGAUAUCAUAGUAAAAUCCUACCGAUCUACAGAAUCCUUUGAGAAGACUGAAAAACUUCCGAGUAUUCAAGAGACAAAUGAUUCGAAUUCUGUUUGCAUUACUAGACCAUCGAGAUGUGAUUCUCCAAGGUUAAGCCAAACAAUGAUUCCAUUAUCGAGACUGCCUUCAUGUACAUCGAGUUAUUCUGAGGGUUAUACUGUAUCUACUGAAAGACGUAUGGUCGAUGAACUUUCACAACGUUAUAUGCUCUCGGAUAAAGUAAAUGUAGAUGAACUAAGUUCUGGUGGGCAGACUGCAUUCCAGGAUGUUAUGUCAAAAAGUGUUGAUUUAGGAAGUACUCAUGUUAUAAAAGAAUUCCAACCAACGGUCGAAGUUUUUCAUCAUAUCGGUGAUGAAAUUGAAGAAGUUGAUCCUUCUACUUUGCCAGAUGAAAUGCUAUCCCCAUUUCGAGUAAAUUCACCUCCUGGGUUUCCUCUUUCCCCUGAUUUUAUUAAUUUGAAAUCUGAUCACAGAGUGCGCCAUAGUUCCGGUUUAUCUAAUCCAUUGACUUCUGAUCCUCCUACUACGCCACCCGUAUUAAUACCUAUUAUUCAUGGACAAACUGCAAAACUCCCCGAGUCAGUUCCAAAACCAUCAUAUUCCAAAGUUCAUAGUAUGGAAAUUCUGAAACCUACUGCUGUCUCUUGGAUUCCUGUACGUAAUUACCGGUUCAUUUUAUCAAAUGAAGCAAAAAAAGCAUGUGAAUCUUUAAUUGGUUACUAUCAAGCUGAACCAACUGUUGGUAGAGCAGAGGAAAUGAAAGAUAAACUUCUGACUUUAGUGAAAAUUUGGUUUGAACUUGCUGCAACAUCACAAAUAGACUUACUUAGCAUUGAAGAUUUCAUUGCAAUUCUUCAUGAUCAUUCACCAUCUCUGUUACGCGAUGUAAUUCAAUCCAUCGAUGAAAACAACAGUACCUGUCUGCACUAUUCCGUUGGUCAUGGUGCUUGGCAAGUUGUCAAUCUGAUUUUGGAUACUGGACAUGCUCAUCCAGAUCAUAUUAAUCGAUCUGGAUUCUCACCAAUUAUGAUUGCUACGCUUAGUAAUAUAACUGAUUCUAGUGCUUUAAAAACACUUAGUCGACUAUUCAGUAUGGGUGAUGUUAAUCUCUGCACAAAUACAUCUGCUCGCCAAUCUCCACUUAUGUUAGCUGCAUUACAUGGAGGUGUAGAUAUUUGUUCUUUGCUUAUUGCACAUGGUGCUAACAUAAAUGCUCAAGAUACUUCUGGUAAUACUGCCUUAAUGUAUGCAAUAGAACACGGUCAUAUUGAUGUCGUAAAAUGUCUCCUUGGUUGUAGAGACUUGGAUUUAACUUUGGUCGAUAACAAUGACAAAAAUGCUCUUGAUGUGGCAAAGUCAAAAAAUGAUUUAGAAAUAUUGAAUUUGAUUCAAUUGGCUUAUAGUGUUCCUUCAAAGGCAACUUCAUCCACCACUGAAAUUUCACCUGGAACCAGAACAUAAGAUACGGGAAAAAUAAUCCAACUAUAAUUUCGGGUUAGCUCAAAUACUUUUUGCUAUUGCUGUGAGCAUAACUUUUCUUUAAUCUAUAUGUUCUGCACGGCGUAUACAAAAAUUUGCACAUACCAAUCCUAUUACUUCCUCUUGAAAAAAAGACAACUUAUUAGCUUUUCACGUUUUUUUUAAUAUUUUGGCUAGAUGUAUAAAACAGUUUUCAUCAUUGAUUCAAAUUUAAUUUUUCCACACUUCCCACUUAUUUUUACUAUCACAUUUUUUCGGGGUUUUUUUACGUGGGAUUAGUUGACUGGUGAUACCUAAAGAUGUGAAAUUCAUUGUAUAAACUACUUUAUGUGUUAGACCAAAGGUUACAUUUUCAUUGUACAAGGUUGAACCACAGUAAAACUUUUCAUCUGUCAUACAGUUAUAGACAAAGUAGAAUGUGCUUCGACCCAAGUUGUCACAUCUCACAUUAGUACAGUAAGAAAGGAAUUUAGGAAGGAUUUUUUAAUUAAAACGAGGAUUCAAAUUUAUCAUAAUUAUUCUAAAUCCCAUUUACAGUGAACCGUUUCAGCAUGAAACUUCAUAAUCUAUGAAGUCAUAUCCCACCUACGGUUGUAUGAACAUAUCCAGGUUUUCAGAUGUCUGGUCGAAACAUCCACCAUGAAAUCUGAAAUUUACUCUAAGAUUUUCAAUUCCCAGCCUCCAGAAACUUUAAUUUCGAACAAUCUCUUUGUAUCAGUUACAUGCAAAUUUACAUCUUAUUUCACACAUUCAAGCAAAUCUGCUCAGAAAUCAUUUUAUUUAACCAUUAGAUCGUGAUGUAAUCAUAGGGUUUGUAAUAACUCUGAAUUACCAUUUUCUUAGACUGACACGUCAAUACUUUCUACUCCUUUUGUUCCAUUUAAUUACUACGACCUUUGAAACGUCGCUAAGAACUAGGGGUUUAAUGUUAUUGUCGAAUUAACACUGUCCCAAGAAUAUAAGCAAAUGCAGAAUAACUGAGAAUAACUUGUUUUACUAUACAACCACCAUCGCAGUAAUGCUAUUUUUCAUUCAUCCUCAUGGUGAUUCUUUCAUAACCGAUGAUUUUAAAUUGUUAACAAAUUUUCUAAGCUUUGAUAACCCGAUAUUAGUUGAUUAAUGCUAAUGGUUUGCCCAUUAAAUUUAGAUCUUUAACAAUCAUUUUGAUUUCCCUUACUGAUAUGUUUCUCUCUUGAUGUGGAUAAGUGUUAUUCGACUUAAUUAACGAGAUUUUUUCCAAUGUAUAUUGAGUAAAUAAAAAUCUAGCAAAGGGAAUAUUUUUCUUUAUCAUAAAAUGAAUCUUUAUUUUCAUGUCAUUAAAGCAAAUGUCCUUCUAUCUUUUAUUUCAAAUUAUUUAUCUUGCCACCAUAUUUAUAAUUUCAGUAAAAUAAUUCUAUUUUUGAUGUAUAAAAUAUAAUGCCCAGUUAUAGUUUAUCUGUUUGAUUAACUCUUGUAUCAUUUCUGUUGCGUGUGUAUUUGUCCACCCCUAACAGUAAAGUGUGCUAGAAAAUUAGCAGAUUUCUUAUAAUGUUUUUCACUUUCAUUCUACCUUACCUAAGAUAUUUACAUAGAUCUUCAUUAUCCCCAUUGUUUGUAUACAAUGAUAGCUAUUUCUUAAAUUUCCAGUAACAUUGUCCCAAAUGAGGCUAUCUGUACAACUUUGAAAUGGGUUCUCAGCGGUAGACUUUAUAAACCUAUUUGCUGUUACAAUAUAUUCAUUCUAAAUCGUCACAUAAUCAAAUAGUUUAGUAAUUCUUUGUAUACAGAUGGUUAUUUUACGCUCUAUUUCUUCGACAAAAUUUAAAAAAUCACUACAACUUAAUUGAAUGAAUACCAAAGUAAAAAACUUGUAGUUUGUAGUUCUACCUCAGUUGCUGAACAAUUUUACUUUAAAGCUAUCUUUACUUACAGUAUUUUUCUUACCACUUACUUUCAAAUUUCAAUAAAUAAGUUCAUCGUUCAGAUGAUAAUUGAAACUACUCUUAAGCCCUUUAUUCAAAUAUAUAUUAUCUACAACAUAAACUGAAUAAAUAAAUACUCAAAUCUUCACUGUUAUUAUAAAUUUAUACGAAUAUUCGUCAAUUCUAGAACGAAUAGUUUGACAAAAAUUGUACGCCGAGUAUAAUAUUAUUAUAAAUGUUUGGUCACUAGGUUAAGGGAUACGCUUAAAAUUAUGGAAACAGGUCUGUAAUAAUGUAUAGCCAAUAGAAUUUUAUUAAUUCUACCGGCCCUUGGUUCCUGUUUAGCUAUCAUUUCGCAUAAUUAAUGAAAUUUUCCUGAAAUUUAUUUCACUCCUUGUUUCUAUUGCUUGAAUUUCUUUACAGAUAUGCUGUUGAACGAAGAAAUACACAUAAAUUACUGUUAGACCUAUGUGACUUACAUCAAAUUCCCAUCCCGAAACCAAUUCAAUAGUGUUUUUAGUUACUAUUUAAUAUUAAUUUACUUCUUUUGUUUUGAAAUAUUUUUUUUUCCCCAUAUUAAUACCAUUUACUCAGUACUUUAUUUUGCUUGAUUGUUUAAUAACUCCUACACUUCCUGUUUCUUGUAUUGGGAUCAUUCCUUUUUUUCAAUUUUUGCAAUUACUACACUACAUUUUAUGAAGGCUGUGUAUCUUUAUUCUUUAAAACAAUUAUAUUAAAAUAUUGUAUACUAAUUGUUAGCCAGCUUGUUUACUAAUUCUAUAUUUAUUUUAUAAGCUUUAUUAUGUUAUUGUUUUCGGAUAUUUUUAUGUUUACAAUUUAUUUAUACUUAUCAGUUCAUUACUACAGUUGUUGUAUUUUAUAUUUUAUGAUAGUGUAUGUUGGUCAUCAUUAUGUAUUUGCCAUAAUAGUAUUCGCAACAUUUUAAAGUGAUAAAUUGUUUGUAUACCUUAUAUAAUACACUGCCUUUUCUUUAUCACACCUGAUUUUCGUGUAAUUCUCCGUAGUUUAAUCAUAUUAAUGAAAAUGCUUACAAUGAGUUGUAGGAAAAAGUUUGGAAUGAUAAAUACCUGAUGAAUUCAGCAGGGAUUUCAUUUUCGGAUUUAAUUUACCACCAGCUGAAUCCGUGAAAGGAAAGAUCUAUACCUUCGAUUUGGCAAUAUCGAUUGAAGAUGUUCCUUACAUCUGUAGAAGUUUGGUCUUCGACGGUCAUUAACAUGAUAACAUAUAUGACAAUUCUUCAAACAGUUGUAGAUAACGUGUUACUACCGUCUGACAUUCAUAAGUGCUUGGGAUGUUCACAUAUUUGAAGAAAUAAUAUUUAAAGUAACUUAUAGAUUUCUGAUACCUAUACUGAUUUUGCUGUUGAUUCUUCUGAACACGUAAUAUUGUCAGGAUGAAAACUUAUUUUAAUCACUUCGCAGGCAACGCUUCCUACUAAAUUUGGGACAAAUGCUAUUAUUGGAAAUAGUCUCUAAAAAGUUGUUUAGUAGCUACUAAUCUAAGUCAAGUUCCAACCGGGAAAAAUGAGUGGAAAGUAUAUAGUAGUAUUUCGUUUACAUGACAUAAUUAUUCUAUUAACCUGAUGGCGUAUGUUUUGAUAGUAAGGAGAUUAAUUUUUCAAUGUUUCACAAGACGAACCUGAACCACAACAUACCAUAUCACAAUGUGAUCGUACGGAGCAAAAUUUGCUUGCUUUAAUAAGAACCUCCAGAAGGUUAGAUCAGUUCUUUGAAGUGCUAGAUGCCUAUAAAUCACUUUACUAACUUUUUAUUAUUGUAUUUUAAUUGUAGAACUUUGGAUUCUUCAUUUUCGCACCAAAGGAGGCUAUUAUUACCUUCACUUUGUGUUUCUCACCUGGAAGAACUUCGAACAACAUUCGUCCGUUCUCUCAUUUUGUACACCAUUUCGUGAUGCUGAUCAACUACAUUUUCGUUUUGUAUAUAUUAUGCAUGAGUUAUGUGCUUAUCAUUCGCUCUUCUCAGCUGCUCAUGGAAUUGUGUUUUCUCGGCUGAAUUUAGCAUUCUUAAUCUAAUUAGCAAGGCUGGGGCUCAGAGGAAUGCCUUAACUUGUCCUACUUUUUAUGCUGUUUGCCGGUUCAAGGUGAUAUCUUGAUCCUUCGAACAUAACCAUAGGUUCAAUUGUUUUCCGUUUUCACGACUUCGCCUAGUGUUUUGAAACAGUGUAAUUGUAAAACUGAUAAAGAAGACCUUUUUUAGUGAUACAUGCGUGUAUAGAUCAUCUCAUGCCUGCGCUUUGUUUACCCACCGACAAAUAUACUUAUUUCCC